ACACAGGUGCAGUACGUGUUCAUCCACGAUGCUCUGGUUGAACGGUCACAUGUGGAGAGUACCUCAGUCGCCAAAGCGCUGCUGAGCACAUCAAGAAGAUGGUCCGGAAAUCCUGGGGAGAUGGUCUGUCUUCAAUGCCCAGUUAGGACUGUUGGCAGAGUGGGGCCGAAGCCUUCAGACAGUGGACAACUCUGAAGGGUCUCGCUUCCCCAACAAGGACAAGAACCGCUAUCCUGGCCGCAUUCCUUAUUAACAUGAACGAGGUCCGCUCAAGCCCACGGAUGGUCUCGGGGCAGAGUACAUCACUCCAGCUUCCUGGGGUUACAAGCAGAGAAUGCGUACAUGGAGCCCAGGCCCCUUUGCAGCUACAUUGAAUGACUUUUGGGAGAAUGUGUGGAGUUCAAGACAGAGGUUGCAUUGCUGUGAACUGGAGGAAAUGGGCAGGGGAUGAGUCAUCAGUACUGGCCACUCAGCUAAAGCCAAGCGCUCUAUGGCAAGGAAAUCUGUGACUCUGAAUCUGGGAACACCAUUUGGAGCUAAAGAAAUUGUUAGUCCGCAAGUUUGAAUAAAUGAUGAGAAGAACACAGCCAUUGUUCACAGUAACGCAGUACCAGUCCUGUGUUGGGCAGAGGAAGUAGAUGGCGGUGGACUCCUGCUGCAGUUGAUCUCAGACCUCAAAAACUCCAGAGGAACACUGAGAACAAAACCAUCCUGUCGUCUGCAGUAUGUCUCCCUUCUGUUUACCACCAUUGCACUCCCCCUCCCCUUCCCCUUUAUGUGUGAUGGUAUGGGAAUAAUGGAGAUUCAUCUGUGUCCAUGCUAUGUUGGACAGAGUCAACUCUGAAAACAUCCUCGCUUUCUUCCGUUUGUCAAGUCCUCCGCAGCACACCGACCUGACCUCAUUAGAGAGGAGGAGCAUUACAUCAUGUAGUCAUGAAGCAGGGGCUGAGUAUCUGGAUAGUUCCAACCUACGCAACUCACCUGAACUGGAGUCACAUGAUAAACUCAUAGACUGUCAUGUGAAUGAUGGACACCACUACAAUUAGUGUACUCAAUAUUUGUUUAUUUUGUUUGUGUGAAUACUUUUUUUACAAAUUAUAAGUGUACUAUUCUCAUUUUUGUUUAUUGCGGUGGUAUUAUUUUCAGUUG